AUGCCUCUCCAUUCUUCACUGACCCGCGUCCCCGUCUCCGACAAGCUGCCCUCCAUCGUCACCCUCCUCAGAUCCUGCAAGAACGCCGCCCACCUCCACCAGCUGCACGCCCAGAUCAUCGCCAAAGGGCUGGAGCAGGACCAGUUCGUCGCCUCCCACUUCAUCUGCCUCGCCUACUCCCUCGCCUCCCUCUCUACUGCUCCCGCUUCUUCGCUGCGUCCUCCCGCCCAAUCCCCGUCCUCUGGAACUCCCUCCUCAAAGCGUACUUUGCCAGAGGGGCCUCCUGGGGUCGACACCCUCUCGGUCUUCGCCCGCAUGAGGAGGGCCGGCGCCCCGCCCGGCAAGUUCACGUACCCGUUGGUCUUGAAAUCUUGCGCCGGCCAGUCGAGGGUGCGGGAAGGGAGGGGAGUUCAUGGGGGUGUCGUGAAGAGCGGUCUCGACGAGGAUGUGUUCGUGGGCACGAGCUUGGUUGAUUUGUACGGCAAGUGCGGCCAGAUAGAGUGCGCGCGGAAGGUGUUUGAUGCUAUGCCCCAGCGUGUGUGGUUUCUUGGACGGCGAUGGUUGUCGGUUACGUCGGCGCUGGGAUUUGGGCGAGGCGAGAGACUUUUUCGGGAAAUGCCUCUGAGAAAUGUGAAGUCGUGGAAUGCGAUGAUCACUGGGCUUGCCAGAGCGGGUGACAUGAAGAGUGCUAGGGAACUUUUGAGGAAAUGCCUGAAGGAAUGUGGUUUCUUUCACUGCGUGAUUGAUGGGUAUGCAAAGGCUGGUGAUAUGGCAUCGGCAAGGGCUCUGUUUGAGCAAGCGCCUGUGAAGGAUAUGUUCGUUUGGUCGUCGAUGAUAUCGGGAUAUGCACAAAAUGGUCUUCCGAAUGAAGCUGUGAAGGUUUUUGUUGAGAUGGUGUCAAAGAAUAUCAAGCCUGAUGAGUUCACGUUGGUUGGCCUGAUGUCGGCUUGUUCCCAAGUAGGUUGUGGGAAGUUAGCCAAGUGGGGUCGAUUCUUAUUUAGCGAGAGUUCAAUUGCUCUCAAGACAGCUCAUGUUGUUGCAGCUCUAAUAGACAUGAAUGCAAAAUGUGGGAACAUUGAGAGAGCUACAGAAUUGUUCAAAAUAUUGCUCAAAGACAUCAUUUCUGUUCCAUGA